UAGAACAUGGUUAUUGUAGGGACAAAAUGUGCUACUUUUAUUAUUUGGAUAUGUAUGAAUAUGCGAUGCUGCGAUGAAGAUCAACCAGUAUUGGAUAAUAAUAUUGAAAUUAAUUUUGAUUGAUAUUGGUAGAGACAUUUUCUGCUGUACAUUUCCUGUAACGUGGGACGGAACUUGGUAUGAUAGUACGGAAGGCACACUUACGGUAUCCAAGGCAACAUUGCAGGUGACUUCCGGUUGGGUUGUUACACUUGGCGCAUCCUCAGUCACAACUUGGACAUGCGUAGCUGAAGAUACUUCUAAUAAUUACUUUGUGUUCCGUGGAGAUUCGUCUUUGAACUUUUUUUCGUCCAACAUUAUACCGUAUUUGUGUAUUCACUGGACAAAUGUGACGGAUAAUUCGUUCUACUACUACAUUUUAGCAGAUUAUCAGUCAAAUGGUGUGAAUGAGCGCGCUUACCUUGAAACAUUCAGUUCAGCAAUUACAUCUUGGUCGGCCUCAACGUACUGUUCGCCUUCAAGUCCACCAGGAGACGAGGAAUUCCAUAUGGCUGUCAGACAAGGGUAUGCAUCUUCAGUUUAUAUAGAUUUCCCUCCUAUAUUACAAGGGACACACACAUAUACGUACACACAUGUAGGAUCUGUGUUUUGUAGUGCUGCCUCAGAUGUAGAUAUUUGUGCUGAUGCAACUACAGCAAAAUUUAAUUACACACUAUGCAGCACAGUUCAGCUGUUUUCAAGUGAAGGAGUGUUGGGUUGUGUCGCCUCUAUACCCAGUGGAAGUACAUCGUAUAUAAGUGUAUACAAUCCAGGAACAGUAGACAACGUUAACUAUUUUCGAUUUUCAUGUUUGGCAGUGACUUAUUCUGGAACUACUGUACUCAGCAGUGUUAGUGCUGGAAGCUGCGAACAAUCACAGUCACCAGCGGUUGCAACAUCCACUGGUGGCGUACUAUCGCUAUCGACGAUAGUCAAUUGUACAUCAGACACAUCUACUACAAGUAGUGCUUCGACCGAAAAUGAGAUAACAACAGGAAGUGGUGUUACAACAGAAAGUAGCGUUACAACAGGAAGUAGUGUUACAACAGAAAAUAGUGUUACAACAGGAAGGGGUGUUACAACAGAAAGUAGCGUCACAACAGGAAGUGGUAUUACAACAGAAAACAGUGGUACAACUGAUAGUAGUUUUACAACAGAAAACAGUAUAUUGAUCAGCAGUAACAAUAGUUAUUCCGCGAAUGAAACAUCUUUAUACCAAAACUGGUUUUGUUCAACAUUGGAGAUGCAGAAGUGUUAUGGAAUUUUAACAGCUGUAUGUGUAGCUGGAACAUUCAUAUUUUUCACUGUGUUGCUCAUAUUUUGUGUAUAUAAACCCAAAAACAAGAAAAAUGUGCAGAAGAUUGAUAAACUUCCUACGCAAUUAACUUUACAAGAUAUGACUGAACCAACGUCACUUCCUGUUUCUCCACGCAUGUGUUUCUUAUUACCAAAAUCUGAGUUUUCAAAUGCACGAUAAACAACAUAAGUAAUUGAAAAUUUAUUUCAUAUUUUAGUAUCCUAAAUACUCUUUACUUGAUCAUGUAACUAAAAUUAAGCUAAACAUCAAACAAUUGAUGUGAUCCAAACCACAGAAGGGAGAACACAAAGAAGAAGAAGACAUAUAAAAAAGAAGAUGUGGUAUGAUUGCCAAUGAGACAACUAUCCACAAAAGACCAAAAUGACGCAAACAUAAACAAUUAUAGGUCACCGUACAUACGGCCUUCAACAAUUAGCAAAGCCCAUACCGCAUAUAGUCAGCUAUAAAAGGCCCCGAUAAGACAAUGUAAAACAAUUCAAGCGAGAAA